GGAGGCUGACAAGGCGGGCGGCAGAAGCUGUCCUCGGUCACGUGGCGCCGGCGCAGAGGAGCAGCUUCUCCCUCCUGCUCUCUCCGGUUGCUGCUCAUCGCCCGGCUUCUGGGGAUGCUCCCCAGGCACGGCUCUGGCAGCGGAGUCGGGCCGAAGCCGCCACGUCCUUGCGUCGCCUAGCCUUUGCUUUGCCGCGAGGCUCAGGUGACUCUUUUGCCUGGCGGUGAUGUAAGGCAACCCCGGCGCUCGCUUGCUCGCUUCGAGAAACCAGCUUCACCUGCCGGGGCUGGAAAAAAAAACACAAAGCACCUCGCCUCCCCGGCUUUAGGCGGCGGGGGGGGGGUUCAAGGCACCCUUUUCUGGCACCAGCGGUGCCACUUUCUUUUGGAAAGCAAUGGAAAAUCCUGAAGAGCUUGUAGGUAGCUGUAGUACUCAGGAUGAUGACAACUUAUACAAUGUAAAGCAUCAUUCAUCAAUGUGCCAACUUCUGGAAGAUCAGUUGAGAAGGAAACUUAAAUUUUUCUUUAUGAAUCCCUGUGAAAAAUUCUGGGCCCGAGGAAGGAAACCAUGGAAGCUUGGCAUACAAAUUCUGAAAAUAGCCAUGGUUACUAUCCAGCUUGUAGUUUUUGGGUUAAGCAAUCAAAUGGUGGUUGCAUUUAAAGAAGAAAACACAAUAUCCUUUAAGCAUCUAUUCCUGAAAGGUUAUACAGACAGCAUGGAUGACACCUAUGCAGUGUACACGCAAACCGAGGUCUAUGACCAGAUCUCCUACACAAUAAACCAGUUCUUACAGCUGCGUACUAUUUCUGUUGGAAAUCAUGCUUACGAAAAGAGAGGAUCUGAAGAGACGCCCAUGGCAAUAUGUCAGUACUUCUACAAGAGAGGAAUUAUCAGCCCUGGAAAUGACACUUUCGAUAUUGACCCAGAAAUUGAAACUGAGUGUCUUUAUGUGGAGCCAAUGCUACCUCUGGAAAAUGGGACACUGAGGAAGACUCCUUUCAAUUUCACUUUAGACUUCCAUAGACUUGUGACUCUGACACUCAUAUUCAAACUGAAGGCCAUUAAUCUCCAGACCAUUCGACAACAUGAACUCCCAGACUGCUAUGAUUUCACACUAUCAAUAGUCUUUGAUAACAAAGCUCAUAGUGGAAGAAUUAAAAUAAGUCUAGACAAUGAUAUUGCCAUCAACGAAUGUAAAGACUGGCAUGUUUCUGGAUCAAUACAGAAGAAUACCCACUACAUGAUGAUCUUUGAUGGUUUUGUCAUACUGACAUGUCUUGCAUCACUGAUUCUCUGCACACGAUCUGUAAUUAAAGGAAUUCAUCUACAAAGGGAAUUUGUGACUUUUUUCCAACAUCACUAUAAGAAAGAAGUAUCUUUCUCUGACCUGAUGGAAUUUGUCAAUGGAUGGUAUAUCAUGAUCAUCGUUAGUGACCUUCUUACCAUAGUUGGUUCUACAUUAAAGAUGGAGAUACAAGCUAAGAGUCUGACAAGCUAUGACGUCUGCAGUAUCCUCUUAGGAACUUCCACCAUGCUUGUGUGGCUUGGAGUGAUCCGCUACCUCAGCUUCUUUCAGAAAUAUAAUCUGCUUAUUUUGACUCUCCGUGCAGCAUUGCCCAAUGUCAUUCGAUUUUGCUGCUGUGCGGCUAUGAUUUAUCUGGGUUAUUGCUUCUGUGGCUGGAUUGUGCUGGGCCCAUAUCAUGCUAAGUUCCAUACCUUGAAUAUGGUUUCUGAAUGUCUUUUCUCUUUGAUAAAUGGAGAUGACAUGUUUGCUACUUUUGCAAAAAUGCAACAGAAAAGCUAUCUGGUAUGGCUAUUCAGUCGGAUCUACCUCUACUCUUUCAUUAGCCUCUUUAUCUACAUGGUCCUGAGUCUCUUCAUUGCCCUAAUUACAGACACAUAUGAAACAGUGAAGCAUUACCAGCGUGAAGGCUUUCCAGAGACAGAACUUCAUUCAUUCAUAGCCCAGUGCAAAGAUCUGCCAAACUCUGGAAGAUACAGAUUAGAAGAGGAGAGUCCUAUCAAUAUCUUCUGCUGUUGUAAAAGGUCUUAAUGAAAAUAUUGGCAAUAAUUGCUGAAAUUAGUUGGAGAUUCUGGAGCUGGACAAUCAUCACAGAUUCACUGAGGAAUAAUCAAAGAAGACAUUCAAAUAUAAGAGGCACAAAAUUGUCAUAAAUGUUUUUGGAAUAUGUGCUGGUAAUCACGUUAAUUCUAAUUUAUAAAUUGAGUCCUAAUUACCAUAUAAUGGACAGGUUAAACUUGUUAUGAAAAACAAUGGAAAACGAAAAUUAUAUUGUGAUGUUACAGGCACAAUGUAUGAAUAAUUUACAUGACUUAAUCGCAUAAGCUUUUCUCAGUUUUCUAUAGGUAUCUGUAGAUUACCUUAAAAGUAAAGGAGAGCAGAUGGUUUCAGUAUUUUCUCUGUGUGUGAUUUGACACAGGUCACUAGAGGACUUUUGACUCCCAGUGGUUUAUAAAAUACCACAGAAAAUAAAACUAUAAAAAUGGUUCAUACCCUUUUCUUGCACAACUGAAUUGAAGGAGAUUGAUAGUGGACAACCAAGAGUGGAUUUUGGUUCCCCAUCAAAUUACAUGUUUUUCCUGAUAUGUUCCACAACUUGAUAAUUUUUAGAGUUUUCAAGUUUAAUUGUUUGCUGAAUCUGUUGAAUUUGUGAAUCUGUUAUGUUAGCCAACAUAAAGGUGGUUGGCCUCGUUAUUUAUUCUAAUUAUUCUGUGAAAGAACUCCUAUUUGGAACUUAAAACAGCCUCUUAUCCAUCACUUUCAUGUCUAAGGCAGGACUAUAAUUCACAGGCUCCUGGUUUCUAGCCUGGUGCCUUAACCACUGUUAAUGCCCUGGGUACUGUGUACCAGAAAAAUAUUCUUAACUUAAUAUUUUACUAUUUUAAGAAAUGCACAGAUAUGUUUUAAAUAAGUUAGCUAGUAGCAAACUGACCUUAAAAAGGGAAAGAUCAUACCUCGUAUCAGAAAAAGUUAUUUUCCUUUAUGCAAAAUCUUAUCUUUACUGUUCAAUGUCAUUUAUGACCAGAGGUGGGUUUCAGCAGGUUCUGACCAAUUCUGGAGAACCGGUAGCGGAAAUUUUGAGUAGUUCGGAGAACCGGUAGUAAAAAUUCUGACUGGCCCCCGUCUAUUCUCUGCCUCCCAAGUCCCAGCUGAUCGGGAGGGAAUGGAGAUUUUGCAGUAACCUUCUUCUGCCAUGCCCACCAUGCCACGCCCACCAAGCCACACCCACAGAACCAGUAGUAAACAUUUUUGAAACCCAGCACUAUUUAGGAUCCACAUUGGUCUUCAAAGGAUUUCAUCUGAAACACUAGGAUGAAAGAGAAUAUAUCAGCAAAAGAAUAACUAGAAAUCAUUGGCCAGGGCAAUCUUAGUCCAUAUUCCCUAACAUUGGAAGCAUAGACAUUUAAUAAUAAUAAUAAUAAUAAUAACAGAGUUGGAAGAGACCUUGGAGGCCUUCUAGUCCAACCCCCUGCCCAGGAAAUCUGACACCAUUUUAGACAAAUGGUUAGCCAACAUUUUCUUAAAAAUUUCCAGUGUUGGAGCAUUCACAACUUCUGCAGGCAAGUUGUUCCACUGAUUAAUUGUUCUGUCAGGAAAUUUCUCCUUAGUUCUAAGUUGCUUCUUUCCUUGAUCAGUUUCCACCCAUUGCUUCUUGUUCUACCCUCAGGUGCUUUGGAGAAUAGUUUGACUCCCUCUUCUUUGUGACAACCCCUGAGAUAUUGGAACAUUGCUAUCAUGUCUCCCCUAGUCCUUCUUUUCAUUAUACUAGACAUACCAGUUCCUGCAACCAUUCUUCAUAUGUUUUAGCCUCCAGUCCCCUAAUCAUCUUUGUUGCUCUUCUCUGCACUCUUUCUAGAGUCUCAACAUCUUUUUUACAUCGUAGCGACCAAAACUGAAUGCAAUAUUCCAAGUGUGGCCUUACCAAGGCAUUAUAAAGUGGUAUUAACACUUCACGUGAUCUUGAUUCUAUCCCUGUUUAUGCAGCCCAGAACUGUGUUGGCUUUUUUGGCAGCUGCUGCACACUGCUGGCUCAUAUCUAAAUGGUUGUCCACUAGGACUCCAAGAUCCCUCUCACAGUUACUACUAUUGAGCAAGGUACCACAGGUACCUGUGCAUUUUGGGUUUUUUUGCCUAAAUGUAGAACCUUACUGUUGAAUUUCACUUUGUUAGAUAGAUUUCUAAAAUCAUGCUGGCAACAGAUCAGUAGAUUGGAAGUGAGGGAACAGAGAUAUUUGCAAAAAGAUUACUGUCCUGCUUGGAAGAAUGGAAGAGAAUGUAUGUCCAUUCCAAGCCAGUAUAGGUAGUCCUCAACUUACGACCACAAUUGAGCCCAAAAUUUAUGUUGCUAAGUGAGAAAUUUGUUUAAGUGAGUUUUGUCCCAUUUUACAACUUUCCUCCCCCCAUUUGUUAAGUGAAUCUCUGCAGCUGUUAAAUUAGUUACACACUUGUUAAGUGAAUCUGGUUUCCCUCUUGACUUUGCGCGUCAGAAAGUUGCAUAAGGGGAAUCACAUGAUCCUGGGACACUGCAACCAUCAUAAAUGUGAGCCAGUUGUCAAGCAUCUGAAUGUAAAUCACGUGAUCAUGGGUAUGUAGCAAUGGUCGUAAGUGUGAAAAUAACUCACUCAGUGCCAUUGUAACUUCAAACAGUCAUUAAGUCAACUGUUGUAAGUUGAGGACUAUGUUACAAGCUUUAAGAAAAUGUUAGAGAAUCAAUUGGAUCUAUGGCCUUUCCCUGAGCCUGCCUCCUUCUGGUUCUUUCUGAAGUCAGAGUUCAUUAACAUCAGAAUCUGACUGAGUCUUGAAGAGUUCUCACAUCAAGGCUAGAUUCUUCUCCUUAGAGGGAAAAUCCUACAGUUCCAAAAUCCCCUAGCUCAGGGGUGUCAAACUCGUGACGACAAUGUGUAUCACAACUUUUCUCCCCUUCGCUAAAUCGGGAGGGUGUGGCCAGUGUGUGACACAUCUGGCGAGUUUGACACCCCUGCCCUAGAUCAUAGGGUUAAAACUUAAGCUUUGUACUGGUUUAAUCUCUUUUUAAAAUUACUUAUCGGAAAGAAGAAACUUGCAGUGCUUGCUCCUAAGAAACAAUUUCACUAAGAGUAGACUUUCACGACAAGUAUUAGUUAGACAGUAUUGGGCUUCAGCAUUUAGUGGCUGUGUUCCGGACCACAAAUUUCCUAACAUUUUGCUGUGGCUGGCAGAUGAUCUGCAGACCACAGGCAACAAAGCAGGAAAUGACUGGGCUUCUUCUAUCUUUAUAGGCAGGUGUCCUCACUUUUGAUUAACCAACUGCUCAGCAGUUUCCCUAGGAACUGGAAAAGACAUAUUUGAGCAAAGCUUCAGAAACAAAAAUAGACAACAAAUUAUUUAAAUGUGAUUAAAUAAUGUUUUAAUCCAGUUACAGCCAACUUUAAUGGCUAUUGUCUUAUCAUAUGCUAUCCUAGUUUUGGCAAAGGCCACAGGAGAGGCUGUUACUGGAAGGACCAAACUGGGAUUUUCAUCCCUUCAAGGAGCUUUCUGAAGUAAUUUUUUCAAAAAAGUAAAAAUGAUACAUCAAACUAUGGAAGACAGAUUUUAAUCUCAUACCUCCCCUGGAAACUUUCAUGGCUGUCAUUCAGUGGUUUACUGCUUGAUUUAGCAUAGCAAUCUUAGAAAGCUCCAGGGCUUGAAAAAAACAACAUGGAGACCACCUGUGAUCCACAGGUUUCCUACUGCAUCAGUCAUUAAAGUUCAAUACCAAAUUUAUUUGAUGCUCUUCCAAUUAUAGUAGAUGGAAAUAAUUGGAUUGACACAUUUGAAUUUUUUGGUCUAUUCUUAGAUAAAAAGAGAUCAUUCAGUGAUAGAGAACUGAAUAUUUUAUUAUAGUACAUAAUAAAUGUAUCAUCAGUGCAGUAUGUUUCUCAAAUCUUUAUAUUAAGUAAAUGCUAUCUGCUUACAGUAGAGCAAGAAUGGGCAUAACAUGAAAUAUGCUUAAUUAUAGUUCUUAACUUUUCCCUGUCUUAGGACUGUUAAAUAAUUGUAUAAAAAUCUUGAAAUGAAACUUGACUUUUAUGGAUGUUUUAUGGAUGUCAUGUUAUAUUGGAAAGCAAAUCUGAAAAAUAAAGAAAAUCUAUUUUUAGACUCAAAAUUUCAGAUGCAGAAGCAAUAAUUACAGCACAAACUGUUGACAAAAGACAAAACAAGAUAAUAUAAUGUACUAUGUACAAACUUUUGAAAGUAUAAAACAUGUUGGCUGUUCUCAUUUUGUAAAAUGAUACUGUAGAAAAUAAUAUAUUAUUUUGAAUGUACAUCCAAAUAUUAUAUUGAAUGGUACAUAUUAACACUACAAAUAAAUAUUUCUUU